GCGCCGCCGGGAGAGGCGAGCGCCGGGCAGAGCGAGCGCGAUUCGGCUCCAAACUCCGGCGCGGCGGCCGCCGAUCGCAGUCGGGCCGCGGAGGGCGCCGCGCGCAGCCGGGAGCCGCCGGAGGACGCCCCGCACAGCCCCGAGCCGAGAGGAGCCCGGCCGCGGCGGCAUGGGGGCGCCCCCCCGGCGCCCCGCGCUGCCCGCCGCCGUCUCGGCCGGCGGCCCCCGGCUGGAGCGCGCGUGAGCCCAUGGCGAGGGGACCCGCCGCCGCCUGCGCCGCCGCCGCCAGCCGCCGGGCACCAUGCGCGCCGCGCCGAGCCUCCGCCGCUGCGUCUGCCUGCUGCUCGCCGCCACCCUGGACCUGGCGCGCGGCUACCUGACAGUCAACAUUGAGCCCCUCCCACCCGUGGUGGCUGGUGACGCCGUGACCUUGAAGUGCAACUUCAAGACAGAUGGCCGUAUGCGCGAGAUCGUGUGGUACCGGGUGACAGACGGUGGCACCAUCAAGCAGAAGAUCUUCACCUUUGACGCCAUGUUCUCCACCAACUACUCACACAUGGAAAACUACCGCAAGCGGGAGGACCUGGUGUACCAGUCCACCGUGAGGCUCCCCGAGGUGCGGAUCUCAGACAAUGGCCCCUACGAGUGCCACGUGGGCAUCUAUGACCGUGCCACACGGGAGAAGGUGGUCCUGGCAUCAGGCAACAUCUUCCUCAAUGUGAUGGCUCCUCCCAGCUCCAUCGAAGUGGUGGCCGCGGACACGCCAGCCCCCUUCAGCCGGUACCAAGCCCAGAACUUCACGCUGGUUUGCAUCGUGUCUGGCGGGAAACCAGCACCCAUGGUCUAUUUCAAGCGCGACGGGGAGCCCAUCGACGCAGUGCCCCUGUCGGAGCCGCCGCUGGCCAGCUCCGGCCCCCUCCACGACAGCAGGCCCUUCCGGAGCCUCCUGCACCGGGACCUGGACGAUACCAAGAUGCAGAGGUCCCUGUCCCUGCUGGACGCCGAGAGCCGGGCGGGGCACCCCUCCACAGAGCGCCCCUCCCGCGGCCUGACGCAGAAUCCCAGCAUCCUGCUGCAGCCCACCACCGAGAACAUCCCCGAGACCGUGGUGAGCCGCGAGUUCCCCCGCUGGGUGCACAGCGCCGAACCCGUCUACUUCCUGCGGCACAGCCACUCGCCCGGCAGCGACGGGACGGUGGAGGUGCGCGCCCUGCUCACCUGGACGCUCAACCCGCAGAUCGACAACGAGGCACUCUUCAGCUGCGAGGUCAAGCACCCGGCUCUGUCCAUGCCGAUGCAGGCAGAGGUCACGCUGGUCGCCCCCAAAGGCCCUAAGAUCAUGAUGACGCCCAGCCGAGCCCGGGUCGGGGACACUGUGCGGAUCCUGGUCCACGGAUUCCAGAACGAGGUCUUCCCGGAGCCGCUGUUCACGUGGACCCGGGUGGGCAGCCGCCUGCUGGACGGCAGCGCGGAGUUCGCGGGGAAGGAGCUGGUGCUGGAGCGUGUGCCCGCCGAGCUCAACGGGUCCAUGUACCGCUGCACGGCCCAGAACCCCCUGGGCUCCACCGACACCCACACCCGGCUCAUCGUGUUCGAAAACCCAAAUAUCCCGAGAGGAACAGAGGACUCCAAUGGUUCCGUCUCUGGCCCUGCUGGCGUCCGGCUCACCCUGGUGCUCGCCCUGACAGUGGUCCUGGAGCUGACGUGAAGGCCCGGCCGGCCCUGACUCCAUCGGCACCGACACCUCCACCAUCAGCUUCAUUUCUUUUCUAAACGAUUUCCAGUCUGGUUCUUAGUCUCUUUCUGUCCGUGUCUUGGCUUCUUCAAUCGGUUUGAUUAAAACAAACAGAACAAUUUUCCCCA